GUUGUGUCAUGGUGUUAUCAGCUGUUACCAUGCAAAUUAGCUAAGCAUGUCUGAGUAUUUUACCCUGGAGCCUUAGUCGCUACAUUUCUAAAUAAAUAGUGGUGUAAACGAGGCCCCAAUCAAUGCAGGUUGAUCUUUAACUUUUUGCUGAGCAAGUGCCAAUCUUUGACUCUCAGGAAUUCUGCCAUCCACGGUCACAGUCGUUCUUUUUUUAGGACAAGGCAGCCAGUUUUUUUACUAAAUUUAAGUUACAAAAGGACAUGGACCUCUGUCUGACACUCCUGUUGAUCUAUCUCUGCAGCCAAGGAGUUAGCAAUGUUGCCGUUGCAGACGAUGAGUCAAUUCCCUUGGUUCCUCUGAUUCCCAGCCACCCCAUCGAGAACGUAGAAAACGAAAUUACAGUGGCACCGCUAACGGAUGUCCAGGAAGCAACUGCCACGACUAGCAGGCCCCAGGGGGGCUCGUCCGAGGAAGAACAAGAUGAGGGCUGUGUAUCCGCUGGCCGAAGCCGGCGGUCAAGGAGCGCCAUCGCUGCUGCCAUUCAGAAACUUGGCGUGCAGCUGCUGCAGAACCUGGACACAACAGAACAGCAACCAAAUAUCAUCAUAUCUCCUCUCAGCAUAUCACUAGCCCUCUCCCAGCUGGCUCUAGGUGCAGUAAAUGAGACAAAGGAGCUACUGAUGCAUCACCUCCACGACAACGCUCUCCCCUGCUACCACGAUUCUCUGCAUAAUAUCUUGGAGCAUCUCAGAAGAAACAACUUGCAAAUUGCCACUCGUAUCUUCCUGCGCCAAGGUUUUGAGCCAAAGCAAGACUUUGUCCAUGAAUCCCAGCGACUGUAUAAAUCGGAACCGGCUGUGUUGGAGAGCCUGCAGCAGAUAAACGACUGGGUAGAGAAGGCAACACAGGGAAAGAUAGCUGAAAUCCUGCCUAGUUUGCCUGCCAAUCUGCUCCUCAUGCUCAUUAACGCUGUUCAUUUCAAAGGAGAAUGGAAAUCUCGAUUUGACCAACGUUUUACCUCCAGAGGCGUGUUUUACCUUGAUGACAAGCACAUGGUUGAUGUUGAUGUGAUGGAAGAUGCCAAACAUCAAUUAAGUUUAUUUGUGGAUGAGGAACUGGAGGCUCAGGUUGCAAGCUUUCCAUUUCAGAAGUCCAUGAGCUUCUUGGUUGUUUUGCCUGUUUCUGGUCAGCUUAAUACAUCUUCACUGUUUGCAAAGCUGAAUAUCUCAGACUUGUACAAUCAUCUACCCAAGGAGAGGACUGUUCAAGUCAAAGUCCCCAAAUUCAAGCUGGACUAUGCGCAAGAAUUACAAGAAGUUCUCACCAAGUUGGGCCUCGGAGAGGUGUUUUCCAAUCCCAACUUGGCUGAGAUAACAGAUGGUCCUGUGCUGGUGUCUAGUGUGGUUCAUAAAUCCAGCAUGGAAAUAAAUGAGGAAGGUGCAGAAGCGGCAGCAUCCACUGCUGUGGUCAUUUCCCGCGCAUCUAACCCAGUCUUCCACCUCAGCAAGCCCUUCUUCUUUGCUCUUGUGGAUGAUAAGACUCUGGUACCGGUUUUCAUGGGAAUCAUCAACAACCCUAACCCUGGUGCUCCUGUCUUGCUAAGAGAGGAUCAUGGAAGCAAUGAUAAAAUGGGAUUCCCAGUUGACAAGAAUCAUGUCAGCUCAUUUGGAGUCCCACCUAAAUAGGGACUAAUAACCUGCCCAGUAAUCCCAUAGAAAACCAGACCAAGACCGUUUUGAUUGUACAGAUUAGGUGUACAGGAUCAUAGUCUGUGUAACAACAUAAUACAAAUGCUGGAGAGCCCACUACCCCCUUACUAGUCAAUUAAUAGGUUAAAUUAAUAAGAGGUUUUUCUACAAUGCACCUGCUUAUGAAGCUGUCAAGUACAGUAAUGUGUCAACUCUAUUAAUCUUUUAAUUGAUUGUAUAUAUUUUUACAGAUUAUCAACAUGUAAAUUUAGAUGGUAUAAUAUCAGAAUAGCAAUAUUUAAUUUGUUUUAUAAUGGGCUAAUAAAUUCAGUUGAUCACAA